CGCCGCUCCGCGCGCACACACGCACUCGACGCCGACGCGACACCAUGCGCGCGGGGGGGCGCCGCUGACCGCCGCGACGUCACGCCGGCCGCGCCGUCGCCGAUCGAUUCCCUUCGGACAUCUUGGACAACACCGUCCACCACCUUCUUUUUUCUCAGGGCGAGCGAUGUAGUAGGCCGCGAUGCAUAUAACGUCAAGCCAGUCUCCGGCGUCUGGCGAGAUGCUGGACACGACGUCGCUCAAUUUUUACGGAGAUGCAGGAGACCAGUACGGCACGACGUACUUCGCUGUGGACCACACGGUCCCGGAGUCAUCCCAUACAGUCGAGAUAGAAUACGUGUACGAGCAGCCGGACACGUAUGCCAUCAACCAAGAAGAUGUAGAAACGGAUGUGCAACAGAAUAACCGAGUCGUCGCGGUUGAUCAAGUGGAAUACUCUAAAAAGGUACGCAGCAAACACAAGCCUAACAAAAUGGUUGUAGACGAGGAGCCGGAGGCUGACCUCACGAACUUGACGUGGCUGCAGAAUAUUACGAACAUAAUGUCGGUGCCGCAGUUUCCGAUCCCUCCUGUGUCGCCGGGUCCGCAAGUGAAGACACAGCCGCAGAACACGAGGCUGCAGAAGUUCAACCAGACGAUAGCGAAGUGUCAGAAAGACUUUACGGAGAACAAGCACGAGUAUCGCACGAACAGUGAGAAGAAGCCGCCGUACUCUUACAGCACCCUGAUCUGCAUGGCGAUGAGGUACAACAACGACAAGAUGACGCUCUCCGCGAUAUACUCGUGGAUCAGGGAGAACUUUAAGUACUACAGGAACGCCGACCCCACCUGGCAGAAUUCCAUCAGACACAACCUGUCACUGAACAAAGUGUUUGUGAAAGUAGCUCGAUCAAAGCACGAGCCGGGGAAAGGUGGCUUUUGGAAACUCGAUCUCGCACACUUAGAAGGAACUAAACGAAUCUCAAAUAGACCUCAUAAGAAAAAGAAAGCAACAUCCAAGGAAAAAGCCACAGAGGAAAAAACUGCAGUCGCUAAUAUUCCGCAGGUCAAUGCAGUAGAAGAAAUGUCAAAUGAAAUAAAUCAGGCUGUAACGUUGCAUUUACCUGAUUUCAAUCUUGGGAGCAUUCAGAGUCUCCCUGACAUUGAUUUGGAGACGAAUAUAGGAGCUAAUGUGAUCGUGGAGCCAGCUGUACCGCCUCCACUGAUGCCUGAAGAUGACCUGUCGUCCCUGCUCCUCAACCCCACGGACUGGGACGACUUACAGCUAGAUAUGUUGGAUAAUUACCUAGACUCAUGUUUCAAGUAAGAUUUUAAAUAUUUCUUGUUAGUCAUAUCCGAUCCAACUCGAUGUUAGGAAGUGUACAGUUUUAUCGUUUUAAUAGUCGAUAUAUAUCGAUAGUAUAUUUCGUAAUAGACCGAUUUGCUACUGUGACUGCGACAUGUAAUGUUAGUGUUGUUUUUCGAGAUAAUUAAUAUUUAAC